AUGGGAGAAGUCGACAGUAGCGCAAGAACAGUCAUCACUGUGGCCCUUGAGAGCUACGACUGCUGGCGCGUUGAGCGGCCACCACCGGCAGACCGCAAAGAAUGGCCCAAGAUCGGGGAACACACCAACACAGCUGGAUUCGACAGCCUCAUCAAGCAACUUCAAGCCAUUUUUAGGGGAAAUAUGUACCCUUAUUCCCCGGCGAGGGAGAAGCCCCCCUCGACGAGGCCAGGACCCACGAGAGGAUUUUGCGCAGCUCCGCAGCUGCACCCUGCUCUGGGUCACUACCUGGGCUGUGUUGACGACGGGCAAACCGCAUCGUGCACUUGGCCCUCCCUCGCUACCGGCAUGACCUCUUCCAUCGCAUCUGGCACCAGACGGCGGACGAGUUCCCGGCGUGCCAUCGAAGAGGCUGCAUGGACCGUGUACUGGCGGCGACUCGCCAAUCUGCACGCUAUGGUGCUCGCGCACAAAGACAUCAGCCAGUCCAACAUCAUGUCGAAUGCUGCGGGGCAGACAGUUUUGAUCGACCUGGGUGCUUGCCUGCCAUUUGGUGGCCAAAUUGAUGUUGGUGGACAAGUCGCGGAUUGGAAGGGUCCUGGGGUGGAUAAUGGGCACAGUUUUGACGAGUGGUCGGCCGAGCUGGAUGAAUUGGCGAUUGAAGAAAUCCGGACGCAUGGGGACGAGAGUUGGAAAAGAAACUUGGGCAGGCAGGAGUGGGCAAGGGUGAUUCGAUAG